AUGGCCGAUAAACGAGAAUCAGUAUCAAACACACCAAAGAAAAAAAGAAAGACAAGAGGAGACCAUUUCAAACAGCGUUUUCGCAAAACUUUUAAUAUGGUGUUGGAAGAAGAACAAACAACCAACCUUCAAGAACAUAACUAUUUCACAGCCUGCGUCCCUCCUUCAAAUUUACCACAGAGACAUUUUUGCCAUGUGUGUGGAUUCCCGUCAAAUUAUACAUGUGUUUCAUGUGGUGCUCGCUUCUGCUGUGUUAAAUGUUUAGGAACCCAUCAGGAUACAAGAUGUCUAAAAUGGACAGUAUGAGUUAACACAUCAAACUCAAUAUGCGAGAAGAUGAGAUUUGAUCACUGCUAUUGCGCUACAACUUAUCAACAUCACACAGAGACUCAUCAAGUUGUCAAUGUUGUUUAUUCAAUCAACAAAAAUGUGUUAUAGACAUGAGGUACCAUUGUGUUCUAGAGACAUUUUUAGGACACAUACUGUAUCUUUGAUCAGUGAAUUGUUAUCAAUUUGAUUUCUUAAAACACUCAAAAUCACUCUGCUUCUCUGAACAGUUACAAGAGCCAAUUUAAAACAAAGUGCAAGCUUGUACUGUAGGCAUGUUCACACAAGUUAGGCCAGGUACUCACUGUGCCAUGGUUGUUAGCAGACGCGAUCCUUUGCAGAAAGGAAUGCCACGACGCAUGCGCAACGAAUCAUUUUUAAUGACUGUUCAUUCAGGCUGUCACUGACAAUCAGCAGACAGCGUCGCAUCGUCUAACGCUCACAGGGAACAGAGUUGAAUUUAUUGUACUGCGGUCGCACAACACAUAGUGCCCGGCUUUAGAAUAAGCUAUGAAGAAGCAGUUGUCUUGUCAUAAGCCCUGGGUAGUGCCCAUGAAGACACUCUGUUACAACAGACAGUAAACUGUUAAGGAGUAGUAUGUCUCAGAGUAAGAGCUGUUCAGACAUAUUUUCUUCUGAGCUCGCAAGUCAAUAACGCUUUUAUUAUGACCUCCCAUUUUUCAGAAUGAGUGGCAAAACAGCAUUUCCUGUGAUGUGUAAAUAUUUAUUAGACACAAUUUUUAAAUAUUUAUUUUCGAGAAUUUAAGUACAAUAUUUGUUCAUUGGCAAAAGAAGUGGUACUUUUUACCUCCUGAAAAUAUAUCCGGUAAACUGCUUUAUCUAUGUAUUAUUUUAUACAUUUUCAUCCCUCCACCUACAAUUUUAAACAGGAAAUUGAGAGUAAGACCUCUCUUGAAGUACUUUCUAACCAAAGAUCUUAUAAACACAAGAUAUAGUUCUCCGCGAUUUACGCGUGCAAAUUCUGUAAUAAUGCAUGAAAAGCGCCCUCUUGCAAAAUUGAAAACUUUUGAACCUUGACCGCUCUGACCAUAGCGUACACGUAACAAUUAGUAGCGUCCGAUUUACAAUGCGCCCUCUCUUUAAAACGCAAGGAACGAACUUAUGGCCUAACGCAAACACCCUAUUUUAGAUCCAUGGCAAUGACUAGGACGCCCUCUCCCAAAACUAUUACUUUUCUGUGCCAAAUCGACGCUUCUAUUUGUUACGCGUAAAUCACGGAGAACGCUAUCUUGUGUUUAUAAGGUCUUUGUUUCUAACAUGCUAGUCAAGCCUCCACAAUGUGGAACAAAAUCUAUACAUUUGACAGCACACUGCCAUGAGACUUCCAAACCAGAUUUUAAAACAAAUCACUUCAUUAAAAUAUUAAUACUGUUACUGUAAUCAAUACCCAUCAAUAAUAAGAUAAAAUGCAAAAAUGUGCUGAAUAAAUUGUUAAAAUAGACAAUUCAC